GUGAGAGGGAAGUGACGUCAGACAAGGAAGUGGCCCUUGCAUCCGCUCGACAGUUGUUAGCAAAGAGCAGCAACUGCAAUUCCACCUAAUAUUAUCUUGCAGUCAUCUGUCGUGGAUUAAAAACAAUAGCAUUUAUGUAUUAAUGAAGCCAGAAUAUGUUGGACUGAAAGAUCGCUAUGCAUGCUUGCGAGAUGACUCAGCAGUGGCUUGGAUAUCUGGGAUUGUGGCUUUAUGAAAUGAGGCUUACUCUCUUUACCAAGUUCGAUAUUACUUCAGGGCCGCAACAAUAACACGAAUAACACAUCCUUGUUAAAUGUCUUUUUUUACAUUACCCACUUGUUUUCAUAACACUGUAAGAGAACCGUUGAAAAAGCAGUCCAGACAAUGUCACUGGCCGAACAGUCUCAAAAGUGGUUUCCAACUCAUGUCCAAGCCACUGUUCUUCAAGCUGCUGGAUUACAGUCCAAGGGGAAAAAUGGCACCAAUGAUGCAUACACUAUCAUCCAGCUGGGCAAGGAAAAGUACUCGACAUCAGUGGCAGAGAAGACGCUCAACCCUGUCUGGAGAGAAGAAGCUUCCUUUGAACUACCUGGGUUACUUUUGGAUGGCAACCCAGAAGUCUAUCAGCUAUGCUUCAUUGUCAUGCAUCGCUCUUUGGUUGGGCUGGACAAGUUCCUGGGUCAGAGAUCCAUCAACCUCAACGAAGUGUUUGACAACAAGCAGCGGCAGAAAACUGACUGGUAUACCUUGCAAUCCAAGCCAUCAAAGAAGAAUAAGGAGCGAGGACGCAUCCAAGUCAGCAUCCAGUUCAUGCGGAAUAAUAUGACAGCCAGUAUGUUUGACCUCUCCAUGAAGGAGAAGCCCCGCUCGCCUUUUUCUAAACUAAAGGUGAAAAUGAAGGGUCGCAAACAUGACAGUGACACCUCUUCAGCCAUCGUACCUCGAUCUGCAGCAUGCGACUCAGACCCUAAUUAUCACCCAACUGCCCCAGAAUUGCGAACCGAACCCAAGGCUAAGAGAUCGCUACUCUCUGGGGCCCAGAAACUUUCUGCAGCUCACUCCAUGUCAGAUCUCAUUGGGACCCACUUUCGGCCCAAACUGGACUCCAUGAAUUCCAUCGAAGAAAGUGGUACAGCUGCUCCUCACAGGCGUUCCCAGAGUGAGGUACCAGGUCUCCAAGACAACGAGGCACACAGUGACCCUUUUCCUGAUAUCAGUGACACCCUGCCACAGAAGUAUGCCACACUCCCACGCAACCGCAACCCAUUCGAAGGGGAGCAAGGACAGCUGUGGGACAAGCCCAAGGAGAAAAAGGAGAAGAUCAGCCUGCUAGAACGCAUGACUGGAAAGAAGGACGGCCGCAAGACCAGCAGUGGCGGUCGUUCGGGCAGUUUGGGCAGUUCUGGAGACCUGCGCUCCCCCAACCCUUUUAGUGGUGACUCACAAGUACACACUAACCCUUUCAGCUCCAACUUCAAGGCAAGUGACAAAAAGCUACUUGGAAAUGAAAACCUCACCUCAGGCCAAGGGAGCAGGGAGACCUACGCCUUGAAAAAUGAAGUGAUGCAGGGGAAUAUGGCAGCAUAUAGAAACGUGUCUUUUGAGGAAGUGGUGCAGGAACUCAUCAAGCAGAAAGAAGUGGUGAAAAAGAAAGACGCCCACAUCAGGGAGCUGGAGGACUACAUCGAUGACCUGCUGGUACGUGUCAUGGAGGAAACACCAAGCAUACUGCGGACACCCUAUGAGCCUAAGAAAAAGGCAGGUAAACUCAAUAAAAAAUAAAAAGUACAGGCACCAACAAUAAAACUCCAACGGACAAGUGGGGCAGAAGUUUGUGCAUCUGUAUCGUGCGGUAAAUAAAGCGGUAAGGAGAAGUUUCUGACUUUUCCAUAUGAGCUCUAAUCGAACGCAAACAGUUCACUUUUCCUUUAAGUACAACUCUAUAUUUUCAUUCAUCAACUGUUAAAAUUGACCAAUACUGUGCAUUAGGUACUUCAAGAAAAUGACAUCAACUCAUCAGUGCAUUGAAAUCAAAUGCAGUGAUUACACGCAGCUCAGUUUCAAUGUCAGUGCUUGCACUUAUGUGGCAACAGAGCUCUGUUUGCACAUUGAGCUUCAAUCGUGUGCUGACAAGCUCUUGAAGUUAAAAAGAAGCCAAAUUUAUGUUUACGAGACGCUUCGGAAAAGCAAGCACAUGCUGUUUAUUAAAAAGUCAUUGCGAUUAAACCAUUCGUAACACUUAUGUUUACACUUACGCACCCUUCUUAAAGACUGCCACGUUUAGCCUGGCUGUUAAUUCCGGAGCUGUGUCCUCCGAUCGGCUCUCAUCUGUUGCUUACUAUUGUUUUAAAUGAACAAAAGUCUACAUUCUAAAUUUGAGUCCCCUUGGUCGUGCUUGCUUUUGUUUUAAUUGUGAAGACAAUAAUUGAAGGGUAUUGGUGAAUAGUUUUUCACUGGAAAUGAUAUUUUUACUUGAAGUGCAAUAAUCCUAAUUUAAGAAUGUCGCUUUAUGUUAUGCUGGAAUUGAAAUCUGUCUCACCUUUCAACUGGCGAAUGUUUUUGUUUGCAAAUUAUUUCCUGACCUUCUCGUUCAAUACAAAGAACUGAGGCAUCUGUUUUGAUUGACGCUGACAAAGCUCUGUUUCAUUUGAAUACUAAUGUAUUUGUAAGGUACUUUAUGGCAGAUUGCUCCUGUAUCCAAAUACCCUGCCAAUAACAUAAGUGUGUGUGUGUGUGUGUGUUUUACACUGGUACAAAAAAAUCUUGUAUUAUGGAUUUAUACAGCUACUGUAUGUAUAAUCCUAAUUCGUUUAAAUAUUCUUUUUUUAUGUCUUGUACGACACUAUAUAUAUCACAGCACUUUUCUUUGUCUGUCCAAACACAAUCAAUACACACAAUCAUCAUGUCUUCCCUACAAAUUUUUUAGAUAGCAAAUGUCAUUCAAAUUUUCAGUUCACUGCAAGAAAGCUGUUGAAUCACAUUGCUGUUUCUAGUGGGAACAAAAUGAAUGUUAAAAAAAAAAGGCCCAUGCACACAUCUAUAUAGGUUUACGUUUAUCAUUAAAGCAGCUGCAUUUCGCACAGUGUUAAAAUAUGUUGUCUUGGCAGCGUGGCAGUCUUAGAUCCAAAGUUAUAUUUGACCUUAAUCACCUCCAAUUGUUGAUUAUAUCAUUCCUGUUGUAUGUGUUCCAACUUUGCUCUUUAUGAUACCAAAUUCACGGGUGAGAUCGAGUGUUCAUCGUAAUUUUUUUGUGUCAAACAGCAUCGUUUUCUGCUGCCAUGAAAUGUGGUUUUGUACAGAAAGCCCAAACACUUCUAUCAGUGAAUUUAUUUCAGUUGAAAUACAACAAUGUGUCAUAUGUAAAGAUCAGCAAUGUUAUUGAACCUUAAUUGCCUUUCAAUUACGUAUUUUGUUAUUCCUAAUAGGUACGGGACACGGUAUGAUAACCAUGAGCAAAAAUGUUGCGGUAUUAUAAUUAGAGCUUUAGGAUGUCCUCUUCAAAAAAAAAAAAAAAAAAAAAAGGCGUUAAUAAUCAUUGUUUUUUUUGGUUGUUUUUUUUUCAAGAACAGUGUACAUUAAUGACAUAGCAAAACGACCUCUGGAUGCUGGAGUUAGCGCAGUUCCGCUCUGCCGUCUUCCUCAGUCCUUCCUCUCCCUGUAACUGCUCAACCCUCCCCUCCCUGCUCAGCCAUAAAGAAGAAAACAAAAGAAGUGGCUGGUGUUUUGUCAUUAACUUUGCGUCUGCAAGCAAGCAAUCAUAGCUACUUACAGGUCCCCCCCCCCCCAAAAAGGCUUGUUGACAGGCAAUUUUUGUGGUAAUUGAACCCUUGACUGUUUAAAACCAUCGUAAACCGUCAAACUGGUAAUCGGCCCAUGCCCAUUUCCAAAGAAAAAUAUUUCAUUGAGCUACAUGUAUUUUCACUCAAUUAUUGAAUGAACAGAUAAUCGGGGUGUUUGUGUUUAUCGUUUUUUUAAUUUUAUUUUUUGAUUCACAAUUGUGGUAUAAUGGUGGAAAGCCAUGUGGUUUAGCUAAUGGGCCAUUUUAGCCUGGCUGCUGUGCUAAAUAUGUAGAUAAAAAUCAGUUUUCCAUUGCGGAAAAUCCCCUUCUUACUGAUUGCCUUCGAAUACUGUAUGUGCUCUAGUGUGACCUCUCGUUACACACUCGUUACUGCUUUAAGCGUGUAUGCAUAGUUUGCAAGCUGAAAUGGACCUCACCCACGGGUUUUAAUGUUUCUAUUUAUUCAAUGGUUGUCACAUCCCUUGUUUGGUUGACUUGUUUGAUUUUGUUGUGCUUUAAAAUAUUUAAAAAUGCAUCCGAUGUGGAUUUACAAGUGCAGUGCAGUAAAAAAAAAAAAAAUUGUAGGAAAUUCACCAUGUGUUUUUCAUUCAAUGUAAACUUCACGGUGGCAAACUGUGAUAUGAAAUUCGUUCUUAGGAAUUCAAGUUAUUUUGCACCUCAGACAUUUUUAUAGCUCAAGAUUAUCCUACAAGCCAAAUAAAUCUAUAGAUUCCUAUCAGCGUGGUAGACAACAGCAUGUAUUUUAUGUUUCUUCCCACCAGGUGCCUGCAAAGUGAAGGCACGCAGCAGCUAUCUGCUCUCUUCAAAUGAUGAAAUAUGAAUACUAAGGAUGAGAUACAUUAAACAUUGAAGACAUUUGGACCCUGAAGGGGAUUUUGUUCACAUGAAAGAAAAGUGAUUGUCUUGAAAUGAAUUAAUUUUGGCUGUCAUUCUUUUGCCUUUUAGCUUGAUUGCUACAUUUGCUUUAUGCUGUCAUAUAAUUUGGUUCUUUGGUAGAUGUCAGACUGCAACGCGUAAAUCUAAAAUGAAGAGCAUUUUCAAAUCAUUUUCUAGCUCAACACUGGAAGGGGGUGACUCUCAUUAUUAUACUUCGUCUUAGCAGCCUCUUUGCAUAAUAUUUUUCAUCCAGUCAGUGCCGCUUUUUGAAUAUGCAAAACACUAAAUAUGCUUGGAGGUAAUGUUUCCUCUAAAAUGUGCAACUAUUCUCAACCUAGCAAUCAGUAUAAGACAUGUGGCCAUAACAUGUCUGAUUGAUGUGGAGGAUUGUUGUGGGUGAUUGCAGCCCACUCCAUCAAACAUUACAAAAGAUUCGAUGCACAACUCGUGGCGAGAAUUAUUUUCUUGCACACUUGUCCUGCUUCGUUGAACAGUUUCGACGCGGUUUCAAAAGGAUCGUAUGACCCUAUUUGAUCAUAGAACUCAGUUAUACAAUUUGAUGAGUUAGGUUGACCAACAUGCCACUGACAUUCAGAGAUUUGGGCGUCUGAAUGUGUCCCUGGUCUUCCAAAGAAUUCAUCCACAUGCCCUCUCAUACAACUGACAAAGUAUGAAGUCAUUGUAUGCUCUGUUCAUCAUCUCAGUAGAACCAUUUUUGGUCAGAUUCUAGAACACCACCCUUCUACUUGAACAAGUGUGUAAAGUGUGCCUUCCUGAAAGGUUGGAGGUACAGUAAACUGACAUAUAUUACAUUAAUAUUUGCCUUCACUGGCCGGUUUGAGGUUUUUAAACCAGCAUGUUUGGAAAUAAGGUUGUAUUGGGUGCAAGGGGAUUCAACGAACACAGUUGUGUUGAAGGUUUAGGCAAAAGUAAUUCAGGAAUGGUGACUGUAUACCAAGUGCCAGAUGUAAUAGUACUCCUUCAAAAGAAUGCUCACUCGUACUUUACGGUGAAACAAUUGCAACAAUUGUUUUGAGCAACACUCUUACUAUUGCCGUGAGUGAGUUGCAAGAGUACUCUGGAUGUUUUGAAAGGCACAAGCAAGAUUGUAUUGUCCUUUUCAAUAAAGUUACUAAAUGAUGCUGA